AUGCUUCUUUCUCCUGUUCCUGAUGUCUCCUACUUCUUGCUCCUGUUCCUGAUGUUGUUCGGUACCUCAAGGUAUCAACGUGCCAAGACGCUAGCGGAGAAAGAGAGCGAAGCUUGUCUCAGUUGCCUGGCGAAGAUAGAUGACUUGAUCUAUCGCAAGACCGGAGAAGUGAUGCCGCAGCCGGACCGAGGCGUCAAGCGAAGCUUGCUAGCCGUUGACAACGGAAAUGGGUUCGCGUCAGUCAAGCGCAUGUCGUUGGAUCAACCGGCUGCUUCAGAAGUCUCCUCCCCCUUCCCGAGAACUCCAGCUGCUCCUAAGGUACCGAAGUCAUCAGCGCUAGAAAAGCAGUCUCCUCAGUCUGCAGCGCGGGAGAAGCGACGACAGAAGGAGCUCAAGUCAGAGUUGGAGAGCAAACUUCACACUGCGGCCAAGACAAACGAUGUUAAUCUUGCAAGAGAAUGCCUGGAGGGUGGAGCAGACGUGAACAAGAGGGAGGGAGGAUGGACCCCCCUACACUUCGCUGCGAGCAAGAACAGCCCUGAUGUUGGGAGGUGCGAGGACGCGGAGGUGAGGGUGACGAGGCGGCAGGUUGCUCAGCUUCUCGUGGAGAGUCGGGCAGACAUAAACGCGUUUGGCACCAAGGACGGCUGGACUGCCUUGGUCUGGGCCUGCAGCAUGAACUCAGUUGGAGUAGCGAAGAUCUUGAUCGCGGGAGGAGCAGACGUGAACCUGCCGGGCUCGAAGGAUGGUUCCACCCCCCUCGGUUGGUGCGCAUUCAAGGAGAGCGUGGAGGUCGGGGAGCUUCUCCUGGAAGCUGGAGUCGACGUGGCUGGAUCUGGGACCAAGGAUGGCAACACUGCCUUGCACUGGGCCAGCCAUAGGAAUGCUUGCGGGAUGGCGAGACUGCUCUUGAAACAUGGCGCCUCCGUCAACUGCAACAACUUCCUCGGCAAGACUCCCCUGACGCUUGAGACCGCCGGAGCCGAAGUUUUGAAAAUCUUACAGGGUCAUGACCCAGGGCCCGACAUGGACCCGGAGAGACUCUGGAAGGAUCAGAGUGGAGGGGAGAAUGCGGACAGCGAUGACGACGACGACGACGACGUGAAGCGAGCGGGGGAUGCGGGUGAGGAGCUGACUCUACCGCAGGAUGACAAAUCAUCGGACUCAUCCGAAGACUCAGAAGCUGAUGGAGGGGAGGCUGCUGCUCCUGCUGCCUCCGCUGCUCCUGCCGCUGCUCCCUCCUCCGCUGCUCCUGCUGCCAGCUCAGCCUCUCUAGAGACGGCCAACGGGCCAUCGCAGGGUAAUGGGGAGAGAAGCCCAGCGGCAAGCGACGACUCAGACGACUCAGACGACUCGGAUGACUGA